UUCCUCUUAGAGGCAGAGAUUACAGAAAGACCGGAGCGAAGCCCGCUUCCCCUCUGCGCGGGCACCCGCGGCGGCUUCUCUCCGAGGCGAGGGCUGAAAGGAGGGGGGGCCUCAGGUGCAGGAGAGGUGUGAUGCUCCAAGGAACGCAGGACUUGGCCCAGAGAAAAAGAAAGCGAAGUCUGCAGGGAGGCAGGCGCGGAUGGGGGCGUGGCGCGGGCGCGGCCCCGCCCCGGGGCGGGGACAACGCCGCCGAACUCCGCCCCCGCCGAGUUAAGAAGCCCCGACGCCCCGGGAAAGAGGCUGUGACUGCGGGCUGGUGUCGGGCUCUCCCUCGGCUGGAGCCAUGGAGACCGAGGAUGCCCUUCGGGAGGAGACGCGGCGGCUGGUGAGCGACUACCUGGAGCACUGCUGCCGUGCGGAGGGCUGCCAGGAACGGGCGCCCUCCACUCCGGCCGCGGCCACGAUGCGCGCGGUGGCCCAGGAGCUCCGCCGGACUUACCGCGACUUCUUCGAGUGCGCCAAGAGUCAGCUGCUCGACCAGCCGCCCGAGCGGGUCAUCCCCGAAGUGGCGGAGAUGAUGGACCAGGGCGGCUUCAACUGGGGCCGGGUGGCGGUGCUGGUGGUGUUUGCCGGGGCGAUGCUGGAGAUGGAGGAGCAGGAGAAGCAGCAGCGAGGGCGGCUCCGGAGCGAGAUGAGCCGGCGCCUGGCCGAGGAGCUCUGCCACUAUCUGGUGGAGAAGAAGGGCGCGUGGCUGCGGGAGAACGGAGGCUGGACUGGCUUUCACCACCACUUCACCCAGAAGCAGCCUCCCCCACAAAGUGAUCCAAAGAGUACCCUGUGCUGUAUAGUGGCCGCCGCAGGAUUUGGACUGGUGGGAUUAGCUCUUCUAUUAGCCGUACGAUAAUGGAUUUUAAACUGUUUAUACCAAUCUUGGAAGCAAAGACCUAAGAGACUUGGAAGAGGACCAGCUGCAGAAAAGAGAAUAGCCUCAGCUAAUUACCAUCUGUUGAGAUGAUUAAAGCUGGAAGAAGAAACCAGAUGAACAUGGAACAUCUCAUAUGAACUGUUGAACAUUUUAAAAUGUGCAUCUUCUGGGUUUUGAUUAUGAAGCUGUCAUCUUGAAUGUUGUCGCAAUAAUUGAUGAACCUAACUGUUCUCUUUGACCAAUGCUGUUUGCUACUGUUCUCUCACAAACUGUUUAUCUGUUCAAAGACUUCCACGGAAGGGGACUUGAAAUAUUGGUACUUCAUAUUUCCUAAAAGUAGUUUGAUAUAUUUUGUAAAAUGGAGGGAGUCUUAUCCAGGAUUUCAAAUGCCUUUAAUAAUGGGUACCCAAUAACUUUCCUUAUAAAGUAUUGGAUGGUUACAGUUUAGUAGAUAGUUCAAAAUCCUCUGAAGUCUGGAAUUUCUGGGGUCUCUGUUUCAAUAGAUCUUAAUAUAUUUUUAAAGUAUUUAUCACUUUGAUGUGUAACACCUUUUUAUUCAUUUUUAAAAAUAAGUUCUAUUAAAGUUCCUUGAAGUAUGUUGUACUUUUUAAAAACUGA